UUUCUAGUAAGUUAUAGUAGCCACAUUUACGCUAUUCACAAACCGCCUCCGUGGCUCCGUGCUCUCUUACACCACUUUAUAAACCCUAAACCCUAGCACAAGCUGCGGGAAAAAAAGAACCCAGCUUUUCUCUUUCUCUCUAUCUAUCUCAUCAAUGGCGACCGCCGCCGUUCUUCGCAGAUCUGUCCGUUCCAUUUCGGCUAUUGGAACUUUAACUGGAAACAUCAAGCCUUCAUGGGCUCCAAGCAACAAAUGGAUGGGUCUUGCAAGGCCAUUCAGCACUAAACCAGCCGGAAAUGAUGUAAUUGGUAUUGACUUGGGCACUACCAACUCUUGUGUUGCUGUCAUGGAGGGAAAGAACCCGAAAGUUAUUGAGAACUCUGAAGGUGCUCGAACGACGCCAUCAGUAGUCGCAUUCAGUCAAAAGGGAGAGCUUUUGGUGGGAACUCCAGCCAAAAGACAAGCUGUCACUAACCCAACCAACACUGUCUUUGGAACCAAGCGUCUAAUUGGUAGGCGGUUUGAUGACCCUCAGACUCAGAAGGAAAUGAAAAUGGUCCCUUACAAGAUUGUCCGUGCCCCAAAUGGAGAUGCAUGGGUUGAAGCCAAUGGCCAGCAGUACUCACCAAGUCAGAUUGGGGCCUUUGUCUUAACAAAGAUGAAGGAAACAGCUGAGGCCUACCUUGGCAAGACUGUUAACAAGGCUGUGAUCACAGUUCCAGCUUAUUUCAAUGAUGCCCAAAGGCAAGCUACUAAAGAUGCUGGUAGAAUUGCGGGUCUUGAUGUGCAAAGAAUUAUUAACGAGCCUACAGCAGCUGCACUCUCUUAUGGUUUAAAUAACAAAGAGGGUCUUGUUGCUGUUUUCGAUCUUGGUGGUGGUACUUUUGAUAUCUCAAUCUUGGAGAUAUCUGGUGGUGUUUUCGAGGUGAAAGCCACGAAUGGAGACACAUUCUUGGGAGGUGAAGACUUUGAUAAUGCUCUAUUGGAUUUUCUGGUGAGCGAAUUCAAGAGGACAGAAGGCAUCGAUUUGUCAAAGGACAAGCUCGCUCUCCAGAGGCUCCGUGAAGCGGCCGAGAAAUCCAAGAUCGAACUCUCGUCAACUUCCCAAACCGAGAUCAACCUGCCCUUCAUCACAGCCGAUGCCUCGGGGGCAAAGCAUCUCAACAUAACUUUGACCAGGUCAAAGUUUGAGGCUCUCGUGAACCCCCUGAUUGAGAGGACCAAGGCCCCUUGCCUGAGCUGCUUGAAGGAUGCUGGCACGAAGAUCACUGAGAUCAAUGAGGUUCUCCUUGUUGGGGGAAUGACACGUGUCCCUAAGGUUCAGGAAGUGGUUUCUCAAAUCUUUGGCAAGUCACCUAGCAAAGGGGUGAACCCUGAUGAGGCAGUGGCAAUGGGGGCUGCUAUCCAGGGUGGCAUUCUCCGUGGUGAUGUGAAAGAAUUGCUUCUUCUUGACGUCACACCACUUUCCCUUGGUAUUGAGACGCUUGGCGGUAUUUUCACCAGGUUGAUCAAUAGGAAUACCACUAUCCCCACAAAGAAGAGUCAGACAUUCUCGACGGCAGCCGACAACCAAACCCAGGUCGGCAUCAAAGUCCUGCAAGGCGAACGAGAAAUGGCCACCGACAACAAACUCUUAGGCGAAUUCGAGCUCCAAGGCAUCCCCCCAGCACCUCGCGGCCUCCCCCAAAUCGAAGUCACCUUCGACAUCGACGCCAAUGGCAUAGUCACCGUCUCAGCCAAAGACAAAACAACCGGCAAAGAGCAGCAGAUCACAAUCAAAUCCUCGAGCGGCCUGUCGGAAGACGAGAUCCAACAAAUGGUUCGUGAGGCAGAGCUCCAUGCCCAAAAGGACCAGGAAAGGAAAGCCCUCAUUGACCUCAGGAACAGAGCUGACACGCGAGUUUACGAGAUUGAGAAGAGUUUGAACGAGUACAGGGACAAGAUCCCUGCUGAGGUGGCCUCUGAGAUCGAGGCUGCAGCCUCGGAGCUGAAGGCUGCGCUCGGGACUGAGAAUAAGGAUGAUAUUCAGGCGAAGCUUGAGGCGGCUGAUAAGGCUGUGCAGAAGAUUGGGGAGCAUAUGAGUAAGGGAUCUGGAGGAGGAGGUAAUGAUAGUGGGUCUCAAGGAGGUGGGGAUCAGGCGGCGCCUGAGGCUGAGUAUGAGGAAGUGAAGAAGUGAGUGGAGUUUUUGAUGUUUUAUGAAUUAUUAUAUUAUGAGAUGAUGUGAGGUUGGGAACUUUUGUCUACUCUUUAUGUGCUACGGUAGUGUAUUUAUUUUUUAUUUUCAUUUUCAUUUUUCAAGUUUUGAUGAAUCGGUAACAACUUGGAUUUAUUCAGGAUUAUGCAUGCUAGUGACGUAUCAUCGAUGAGUAGCAAGUGUUUUUUGAGAUGGUUUUUUUUNUGUGGGAUUUUGUUUCACUUGUGUUUGAGACCUUAUUGUGCUGCAAUAAAUCUCCUGAGUUACCGAUUGUGCCUCUUGUAUGUGGUAGAUUUUUUUGCUGUUUCUGGGGAGACUAAAGCUCUGUAGAUUGUGGGUGGUUCGAUGGAUCUAUUUUAUCAAGUCCUUGUAAUGGACAAUAUAGAAC